UUAGCAGCGGGAGGGAACUGGGUCUCUCGUCCCAGCCGGCCUGCGCCGGCCCCCUUUCUCUCCUCUCCGCACCAGGAGGGCUGCGCCCCACUCCGGGACUCUUCCCCCGUCGCCCCUCGCUGCCUGUCCGCCUGACCGCCCGCCCGCAGGGCUCGGCGCCGCCAUGCAAUGAGAGGAGGAAUGUUGGAAGACACAUCCUUUUUCAUGUCUUUUUUCAAGAAGUGUGGGCAAGAAGUUCAUGAACAGUGGCUUUUCCUAAAGGAACUUGAAUAGGAUUCUUGACUGACUUCACUCCUGAUGGGCAAGAUUGUGUCGUGGCAGAAGUUUUUGAAUAUUCAUACAGUGAAAGAAGAAACAGCCAAUGGCUUCAGAAUCAAUGGUUCCAGAGCAGGCAAAACAACAUCUGAUAAAGGGAAAAAGGCGGCAGCAGCAGCAGCCUCGGUCUGCCACCAGCAACGGUGAAGAUGACAGCUUUGUAUUUGAAGCAAAUGAGGCUUGGAAGGAUUUUCAUUGCUCCCUUCUUCACUUCUUUGAAGCUGGAGAACUCUGUGAUGUUACACUGAAGGUUGGUUCAAAGCUUAUCUCAUGCCACAAACUGGUGCUAGCUUGUGUUAUACCCUACUUCAGAGCCAUGUUUCUUUCAGAAAUGGCUGAAGCCAAGCAGACAUUGAUUGAGAUCAGGGACUUCGAUGGUGAUGCAAUGGAGGACCUAGUGAAGUUUGCCUACUCCUCUCGGCUUACUCUGACAGUGGAUAAUGUCCAGCCCCUCUUGUAUGCUGCUUGCAUUCUUCAGGUGGAGCUGGUAGCAAAGGCAUGCUGUGAAUACAUGAAACUGCACUUCCAUCCCUCCAACUGCCUGGCAGUCAGGGCAUUUGCAGAAAGUCACAACCGCAUUGACUUGAUGGACAUGGCUGACCAGUAUGCUUGUGAACAUUUCACAGAAGUGGUGGAGUGUGAAGACUUUGUGAGUGUGUCACCACAGCACCUCCAUAAACUCCUCUCCUCUAGUGACUUGAAUAUUGAGAAUGAAAAGCAGGUUUACAACGCUGCCAUCAAGUGGCUGCUGGCCAAUCCACAGCAUCACGCUUUGUGGCUGGAUGAAAUACUCGCACAGGUACGGCUGCCUCUCUUGCCCAUUUGUUUCCUUAUGGGUGUUGUGGCAAAGGAAGAGAUUGUCAAGCAGAAUCUAAAAUGUAGGGAUUUGCUGGAUGAAGCAAGAAACUACCACCUUCACCUGAGCAGCAGGGCAGUGCCAGACUUUGAGUACUCCAUUCGCACAACACCAAGGAAGCAGACUGCUGGUGUGCUGUUCUGUGUUGGUGGUAGAGGUGGAUCUGGUGACCCAUUCCGCAGCAUUGAAUGUUACUCUGUCAGUCAGAACAACUGGUUCUUUGGCCCUGAGAUGAACAGCAGGAGAAGGCAUGUGGGUGUGAUUUCUGUGGGAGGUAAAGUCUAUGCAGUUGGUGGGCAUGAUGGAAAUGAACACUUAGGAAGCAUGGAAGUAUUUGAUCCUCUCACAAACAAGUGGAUGAUGAAGGCAUCAAUGAACACAAAGAGGAGAGGAAUUGCUCUUGCCUCCCUUGGUGGCCCCAUUUAUGCAAUAGGAGGUCUGGAUGACAACACUUGCUUCAGUGAUGUGGAAAGAUAUGACAUUGACUCUGAUCGAUGGAGUGCAGUUGCCCCCAUGAACACUCCCAGGGGAGGAGUUGGCUCUGUAGCCCUUGUGGUAAGUGCCAGUUUCCUCUCAAGGUGGGGCCAUCUGAGGAACAAACCUGCUUUUCCAUCUGCUUUUGCAAGGCAGAACAAGAUUUUUAACAGUGCAGUUGGUGAGGCUGAGCAUCCCUGGUCAUCAAAAUCCUAUGGAACUGUGCAAAAGAGCCAUGUUUAUGCUGUGGGUGGCAAUGAUGGUGUAGCAUCUCUUUCCAGUGUGGAGAAAUACGAUCCCCAUCUGGAUAAGUGGAUAGAAGUGAAAGAGAUGGGUCAGCGAAGAGCUGGCAAUGGGGUCAGUGAGCUCCAUGGCUGCUUGUACGUUGUUGGUGGCUUUGAUGAUAACUCUCCACUGAGCUCGGUGGAGCGGUUUGACCCCCGCAGUAACAAAUGGGAAUAUGUAGCAGAGCUUACAACCCCGAGGGGAGGCGUUGGCAUAGCAACACUGAUGGGGAAAAUUUUUGCAGUUGGAGGUCACAACGGCAAUGCCUACCUGAACACAGUGGAAGCAUUUGAUCCCAUAGUGAAUAGGUGGGAACUGGUCGGCUCUGUGUCACACUGCAGGGCAGGGGCAGGUGUGGCUGUGUGCUCUUGCCUCAGCAGCCAGAUAAGGGACGUGGGCCAGGGAUCCAGCAACGUUGUUGACUGCAUGUGAUCUCUGCUGCCUCCUCCAGAUUCCCAAGGAAAGACAGAACACAGUGUUUUGUAUGGUAUGUAAGAAAUAAAACAUACAUUUUCUUUGUGAAAAUGUUACCUUCUGCAACUGUAAAACUUUUGGUGGCUUUCUAUCAAUAGAGGUACAAAAAAAGCCUGUGAAAUCAUAGAAUAAAUGUGUGACUCACAGGAGAAAGCCUGCCAAGAGCUGCAAUCAUCCUGGUUUUGAGAAGCUGUAAUCUUAGAAUCAUUUGAGGCAGCUGUUACAGGGAUUCAUCAUUGAACUGUGAACCAGGCAGGUGGUGAGGAGAGAGACCAGCAAUUACUCUUGAUAACUCUUACCCAGCAACCCUGCUACAGUUUUCUGGAGGACUCGAGUGCCGUUUAAUAUAACUUAUUUUCAGUAAUGUCUUCUUAAACAUUUGGUAACUGUACAAAAGCUGUGUAGCACAAAGCAUCUCAAGUUUUAGAAUGAAAUCCCUGUUACACACCAAGAUAACAGGAGCAGAGAACUUCACUGCCCACCACCCAAGCAGUUGCUGGCAGCAGUGAAAAUUGUAGGUAUGCAGUCUGACUGUCUUUCAAAGUACUUUCUCACACUAAUACACUUGCUAGAAAGCUGAAAAGAUCAUUGACCUGAGUUUAGCCUCUAGAACACUGGAAUUCUCAAGUCUUCAAUAAAAUUUGUUACAGCUACCCCUCUUCACAAGGAAAGUUUCUGUUGAGAGGUCAUUUCUGAAACAACUAGUGUAAUUUGUCCUAGAAAACACAGGCUUUAGUGGUGUCUGAAUCCCCAUUUUUAUACAAAAUAGAAACACGAUAGAAGUUAGUGUAUUCUGUAAAGAGCUUUAAAUGCAGCUCUAGCAGAUGACAUCUCCAAAUUCAGAACAUAGCAGCAACUCUUUGUAAUUCUAGAAGUACUGUCUCUUUAAGAUAGUUAAGCCAGGAAGAUCUGGCCUCAAAACAGGUAAGAGUACUAAAAGUAUACAUUAACCAAAGAGAAUGAGCAAAACAAAGAAUUGGAAAUAAGCCAGUAUGUACAUCGAAAAUUGAAGUAGGAAUUUGAUGGUGCUGUGUACAAAAGCACCUUUUUAGGAACUCUGAAUUCCAAGUAAAAUCCAGCUGGAAAGACUGCAGAUUUUCCAGGUGACCAGGGAGAGCAGCAAACUUCUCUGCAUUCAGUACCAGGGAAGAGGCAGGACAGUACAAGCUUGUGGCACAGCUGUGUUAUGCUGUUAAGUUACUGUCAUUUAGCUUCUCUGUUUCAGAUGGCUUGCACUUUGGUAGCACCCAGGGACAAAGUGAAUGGUACUGUAAAUAAUGAAACAUUGCAAUAAAACAUUUUUAUUUAAAA